GGAGAGCAUGCAAGGGAACUCCUUCUUUGUAUGCAAAGCGGCCGAUGGUGAGCCAGUGGCCUGCUUGGCGCCGAAACAGAUUCGGCUCUCGAGCACACAGCCACAUGCAGCCGAAGACGUGUACGGCUUCGAGGAAGAGGGGACCAAGGCUGAACGUGAAAAGGAGGAGGCCGAUGAAAUGGACCGCUACCGCGAAGGUCUCAAAGAUCCGGAUAAGUACGUCCUGCCACCACGCAAGCGAAUGCGUGAGCUUUUUGGUCUUCCCCCAGAACCUCGCAAGCCGGAUAAAAACCAGUUGAUGGCCAAGACGCUGCCACCAGAUGCUCUGUUGUGGGGAAGAGCUUUGAUGGACCGUCAGCGCAGUGGAAAAGUGGGCUACAACCUGAAGUCAAGUGGUUACGACCCGGCGAAGGCAGUUACCGCUGCACGUCUGGACAUGUAGUCAUGGUUCCACAGAUGUUGGACAUCUUGGGCAUGAGGCACUGCGCAAAUGACACUGCCUUGAAUUUCACUUAAGAGAAUUCAGAAGAUGUCAUCCAUUGUCAUCCCCUCUUCCGUUUGGCCGGGCCAUCUUUGGAAGAUGCUGGAGCCAACUUUAAGGACUUUAAGGGACCCAGUGAAGAACUGGGCAGCUGACUCGAUGUUAAACCGGGCUGGAAGGGUCCUCCC